AACUGCUUAAACCAGCCAGUUGCAGAGUGCCCUGGAGUGAGAGGAGCCAAGAGUCAAGAACAGAAGCUGCCAGGAAUUGGAGCCAGAGAAGGAUCCUGAGGCCACGUCGAGGGUGGAAAGUGAAGCAGCAGCAACAGCAGCAGCCGCAGCAGCUAAGGAGGUUGACAAGAUGCUCACUAUCCUAGGACUGCUCACGUCCUUCCUCUGGGUCUUGUAUCUGACAGCUCCAUCCAUCAGGAAGUUCUUUGCUGGCGGAGUUUGUACAACGAGUGUGCAGAUCCCUGGGAAGGUAGUGGUCAUCACAGGCGCCAACACAGGCAUUGGCAAGGAGACAGCCAGAGAGCUUGCUCGAAGAGGUGCACGAGUGUACAUUGCAUGCCGAGAUGUGCUGAAAGGAGAGUCUGCUGCUAGUGAAAUCCGAGCAGAUACCAAGAACUCCCAGGUGCUGGUGCGGAAAUUGGACCUAUCUGACACCAAAUCCAUCCGAGCCUUUGCUGAGGGCUUCCUGGCAGAGGAAAAGAGGCUCCAUAUUUUGAUCAACAAUGCAGGAGUGAUGAUGUGUCCAUAUUCUAAGACGGCUGAUGGCUUUGAAACCCACUUUGGCGUCAACCACCUGGGCCACUUUCUUCUUACAUACCUGCUUUUGGGGCGCCUGAAGGAGUCUGCUCCUGCACGGGUGGUAAACCUAUCCUCAUUGGUCCAUUUGGUUGGCAAGAUGCGUUUCCAUGACCUCCAAGGCGAGAAGUCCUACAACCGUUGCUUUGCCUAUUGCCACAGCAAGCUGGCCAAUGUGCUUUUCACUCGAGAGCUUGCUAAGCGGCUCCAAGGGACGGGGGUCACCGCCUAUGCGGUACACCCAGGUAUCGUCAUGUCUGAGAUCGCCCGACACUCCGUCAUACUGUGCCUGUUGUGGCGUCUCUUCUCGCCCUUCUUCAAGUCUACUCGGCAGGGGGCUCAGACCAGCCUGCACUGCGCCCUGGCAGAGGAUCUGGAGCCCUUGAGCGGCAAGUACUUCAGUGACUGCAGGAGGACCUGGGUAUCCCCAAGGGCCCGGAAUAAGAAGACAGCUGAGCGCCUGUGGAAUAUCAGCUGUGAACUUCUAGGAAUCGAAUGGGAAUAGUUGGCCUGAAGACCAUGGCCUUUUCAGGCCUAAUGCAUGUCGUAAUAACAGGGGACCAAAGAGAAGGCCAACCUGAAAGGAUUAUCCUCCCGGCCUGCUGCUGCUGUGACACCUGCCUACUCAGAAACUUCUGGAACCCUUUCUACACACAAUCUUUCUGUGAGGCAGGAUCACAGUACCAGAUGAUAUGCACACCUACAGACUGUUCUCGAAGACUUAGAGAACCCACAACUCUCUGGGGCAAGAGGACUAUUUAGAUUCCAGGCUGGACACAGGGGUGGUAGAGGAAACUGGGAAACUGAGUCAGUCUUCUCACCUGCACCACAG